UUGACGUCAAGUGUUUUGUUUGGCAAACAAUCAGCCAAUCAGUGAACGCAUUGACACAAACUCUGAGAAAAACACGUGUUUUCUAUAUAUGUCUGACUUAUGACAACAAAACUACCGAAACAUCAUUUGAUUUAUAACCACUUUGUGACCACUCAUGUCAUCCCGCGAUCGCAUCCAAUCUGUUGUGUUGUCAAAUCUGAACCGAAGUGAUGGUUCGUCGCUCUAUUCGUUCGGCGAUACUGUUGUCCAGACAUCGGUGUUCGGACCGACAGAAGUGCACCAAAACAAAGAAGAUCCGACCGGUUGUGCUCUUGACGUCCACUAUCGGCGACUCAUACGUAACAUCAAUAGAGACGAUCCUCAGACUAAAGCUAUCGAACGAUUCCUUCACUCAAACCUAUUGUCAAUACUUUACGCCCGACUUUAUCCACGAACUCUCCUAACAGUGACAUUACAAGAGUUACAAUCCGGCGGUUCAUUCAUGUCUACGUGUCUUAAUGGAUCUGUUCUGGCAUUACUUGACUCGGGAUUUCCACUCAAAUACCUGUUGGCCGCCGUUGAGGCCAUUAUUACAGAAUCGGGUCAACUCAUUGUUAAUCCGAGUGAUGAAGAAAGUCAAAGUGCGGCCGCAGUCGGAUGUGUUGUAUUUGAAAGCAUACAAAAUAGUGUAAUAUCUGUGGUAACGACGGGUGAUAUGACUUUUAAUCAAAUGCAACAAAUGAUAAGCUCUUGCAGUAAAAGUGCUAAAAAUGUUUUCGCUUUUUAUCGAAAUUCAAUUGAAAAAAGGUUUAAAUAAAACAAAUCAUUAAAAUGUCGUUUUUUGUUACAAAAGUGAAAUCACAUUAUAGUUGUUGAUGACAUCCAUUAGUAUAAAUAAAAUAAUCGAUUUAUUAUAUUAAUCAAUACAAUCAUAUUUAUUAUUAAAUAGCAUUUUGUUUAAUAAUUGUUUAACAACUUUUAAUAUUUAUAACAAAUGCAUAGAUUAAAGAAUCUUUAAUAAAGAUAUUUACUAUAUUUUAGGGUAAAUUAUGGCAGAAAUAUAAGGAUAAUUACAGACAUUAUUGAGCAAAAUUGUGGUCAUUUAUAAUAAAUAUAAUGAGAUAUCGUAAUAAAAAUUAACACAAAUUUACAACUUGUUUUAUAUUAUUUUUAAAAAUUAAACUAAUGUUAAGUGAAAUAAUGAUAUCUCAUGUAUUUAUACCCC